AUGCAGGACUUUUACGGCGAGGGUAGGGUCGCGGCAAGGCGAGCGGCCGACGAGGCGAUUGUCCUCUACCUCGCCGGGACGUGCACAUCGGAGUCUCAGUGCGAGCACCCACUCUUCCUCAACAUGCUGCGAGCUGUCACCGCUGCCGACCCGAACUACGUCCCCCCCAAGCGGCACUACGUCGGAGGCACCGGCCUGCUUGAAUGCAAGCAGCGGAUUGAGAAGGAGCUGUCGCCGAUUACGAAGUCGUGGAGGGAGACGGGCGUGACGAUUGUCAGCGACAUAAUGCAAGACAAGGGCGGUCGCGCGCAGAUGAACAUCAUCUGCAUCAACAACACUGGAGAGGCCUUCGUUAAGGCGGUCGACUGCGAGCCAGCGACGAAGAGUGGCGUAUUCAUCGCCGGCGUCCUGCGGCCAAUCAUUGAGCGCAUCGAGGCAGAGCACGUUGUGGCGCUGUGCACAGAUGGCGUCAGCAACUACCAAGCUGCUGGCAAGCUGCUGCAGAAGGAGUGGCCGCAUCUCGACCUCGUUCCCUGUGCCACGCAUGUGCUGGACCUGCUGAUGGAGGACAUCGGCAAGAUGGACUGGGCGCAGGCGGUCGUGACCCAGGCUGAUAACAUGAUCUUCUUCGUGCGCGCCCACCAGUGGGCGCGCGCCUUCAUGCGGAGCCCGGAGCUGCACGACGAGGAGAAAUCGCUGCAUGUGUUGCGCCCGGCAGGCACCCGCUUUGGAACGCAGAUCAUCGCAGUGUCUCGUUUGCGCGCUGUUUGCCAGCAGCUCACUGCGAUGGUGACGCACAAGGACUGGGCGGAGAAGUGGGGGAACACGUUGAUGGGAGCGGAUUUUGAGGGGUGGGUGAUGGACUCAGAGUGGUGGAAGAAGGUGGAUGUCUUUGUGGUGUUCUACAAUGCGAUACGGAGGACGGAUUCAGCGGCGAAGGGGAUGAUGGGCCAGCUUUAUGGCAUCAUGCUGCAGCUGACGGAAGAGAGGAGUAGGAGAAGGAAGGAGGAGGAGGAGGAGGAGGAGGAGGAGGAGGAGGAGGAGGAGGAGGAGGAGGAAGAGGAGGAGGAGGAGGAGGAGGAGGAGGAGGAGAGCUAG